UUGGCCAAUUAAAACACAUUUCCUAACACCAGGGCGGAAAAACAUCCCACCCUGCUUAGACUAUAAAAGCUAAGAGGCACAGGAAGAUACACCUUUUAGGACUGACAAACACAGGUGAAAACAUUGGUUUUGUAUGAUUUAUCUUCAUUCUAGAGUUUUAUGCUGUUGGAUCCUCAUUUGUAAUUAUACUUUAUGUCUAUCUAUGUCACUGAUUGGAUGCUUCACAAUGUCAGUGAAGUUAACUUCAAGGCAACCUCAUUUAUACUCAGUUGUGAAUUUCUAUUUUGCAUACAUUUGUAGCUGGGUGGUUUCUGCGAUAGUUGAGCUUUUUAGAACUGAAUCCACGUUUAGGACACAGGUUUCUGAGAGACUACAUUUGUACAUCAGAACACUUCAUUGUUCUUUGCCUUCUUGCCUUGCUUCCUUUCGCCAGAGAAGAAGAUGGUGACUGGAUAUCCUGUCUGAGAGACUUGCACAUAAGCAGACAAAGUUACCUUGUGCUUUGAACUUGUAUUAGUGUGGCUUUACCACUGUCUUUUCAAACUAAAUAAAUAUUUCUUGAUCUCUUUUUCAGGUACAGAGAAGGUUCGUCUCGUGUACAUGCAUGUGUGUCUCCUGGUUGGGAAACAUUCUGUGUUUGUUUUGUUCCUGUGCUUACAAGUGGACUGCUACCUGAGAACUCAACAAUGGCACAAUCUAGCUCAAGUUGCUCUACGACAAGAGAAGAAGGUACGUCUAAGUGGUCAGAUGUAAUUAAGAACAGUGAACAGAUUACAACAGAACCCAAACAAACAUACCUGGUGAACACAAUCCAGGAACAUCUGAAUGAAGAUGGAAUAGUCAGGAGAUACACAUUUGGAACAAAGGACCCCCAAAAAAGGAACAGGACAAUCCUGAUGGUGGGAGAAACAGGAACAGGGAAGUCUUCACUCAUCAAUAGAAUGGUCAACUACAUGCUGGGUGUAGAGUGGGAAGACAAGAUCAGGUUUAAAAUCAUUCCAGAUGAAGGCACAGAAAAAUCCCAAUCUGGUACCGUUACGAUUACUGUCUAUAAGAUUUUUGGACUGGAGGAACUGUCUCUUCCUUUUUCCCUCACAGUCAUUGAUACAGUAGGAUAUGACGACACUAAAGGGGUUGAGAGAGAUGAAAGAAUUGCUGAAGAUCUGUACAGAUUACUGGGAUCUUUCGACAUUGUUCUACAACUAGAUGCAGUUUGCCUUAUGGUGAAGGCAGCUACAAAUCGCCUCACUCCUUUCCAGAAGAAAAUCUUUGAUUCCAUCCUGUCCCUCUUUGGAAAGAACAUGGAGAAAAACAUCCUGACUCUCAUCACCUUCUCUGACUGGAUGCCACCUUCAGAUGCUCUUAAAGCAGUUAUCGAGUCUGGCGUACCUUUCCCCAAAGAUAAAAUUGAUGAGCCUGUUCACUUCCUGUUCAACAACUAUUCUCUUAAUGAUUAUCAGAAUAAAUAUGAAAAAACAUUCAAACAACACUGGGAUAACGGAACUCAGAGCAUGAGGGAGUUCUUCCAGACUUUGGAUCAAAUGGAAAGUCGAAGCCUGAGGAUGACUGAAGAAGUCUUGAGUGAACGUAAGAAACUGGAAGCUUGUGUCCAGAGCUGUGAGAGUCAGUUCAAGGUGGUGGAGAUGAAGCACCAGGCACUUAAGGAAGUUAAGAAAACUCUGAAAAAGCACAAAGAGGACAUGAGGAGGAAUAACAACUUUCAGUAUAAAUCCCAAACUGUUGUCAUGGAGAAGAUCCCAGUUGGUGAAGCUGCAACUUCCUGUUCAAAGUGUGAGGUAACCUGCCACACUCCAUGUACACGGGCGCCUAACCUGUGGUGGUGUCAUGUAAUGGACUGGAGUGGGAAAUGUACGGCCUGUCCAGGAAAAUGCAGCUACACGUUCCAUAAAAGAGAAUGCAAAAUAUAUGCAAGAAAACAUGUAGAGAAAACUGAAACUCGUGAGGACCUGAAAAAAACUUGUGAAACUAUGAUAGCCACACAAGAGAAAAUGAUGUCCACUCGUGAGCAAGAGUUGAGGGAUGCAGAAGCUGAGAAAACCAGCCUCAUUGAAAAGUGUUUCCGGAGCAUUCUCCAGCUUAGAAAGCUUGCUCUGAAGUUCGAUUCUAAUUCUACUCGUCAGAGUAUUCUCAGGCUGAUAAAAGUGCUGAAGAAGAACAACGAGGCAGAGAUGGUGGAAAAGCUGCAGAAGAUUCUGGAGAACACUGCAUGUGAAGAAAUGUUUAGUUGCACAUUCUUCUGAUGUUGCAUAGUCAAAAUGAUUUGUUUUAGAAAACCUUAACAGUCGAUUUUAUUUGCAGAGGAAUCCCCCUGUAUACCCUUCUGUGGGACAGACACAGUCAACAGCUACCAAAACAGCUAUCAACAGCCAAAGGUGUAUUCAGUCAGGAUUGAAACUUUAUUUAUCUUUAACUCUAGAUGUGGAACUUGUCAUCUCCACAGAAACUAAUGAAGAGAUACUUCCAGGCUCAACAGAACAACAGACGAGGUGUUCUGAGAAGUAAUCUCAGUUUAAGCCAGAAAGCAAGUCUUUGAGAAAGGGUAAAAUAUGACAACAUGCUUGACUGGUUAUUAUAUUGGAUUUGUCUUGAGGUGGAUUUUUAUUUACUAACGGGUAUGUUUUAUCAUUUAAUUAAAUAUCCAUGAAUAGAAGUUUGUAUUUUGUGUGUGGUGUAGCUUUGGAUUUGUGAAAUAGGGGAGAGUGCGGAAAUAACUAAUGGUUUUUGUAUUUGGCUCAAUUCUGAAAACAUCACUAGAGAUAGAUUUAUAAUUUUUUAAAACAAACAACCUACAUCCCUUGGCUAUGAUUAUACACCACAAUGAAAUUUCUGGGACAUACCAUUCACUAGCAACCUGACCGAAAGUACUGAGAGUGGAAUGUUACAUUGAUUACAUUUAUAUGUUUUUCAUGGCCUACCUAGAUCUGUGAAAAUCUAUCACAAGACUGUACUUUAUUCUCUGGUUCCC